UACAAUUUCGUUUUUAUUUUUCAUAAGCUGGCAACGCUCACAACAUAUGUUUUCGCCAAACGCUAGUGUGGCAAGGCCAUGCAUGCGCUUCCACAGGCAUUUCAAUACUACAGCAAAACAGCGGCAAAUUAAUAAAGUUCUGAAUGAAACUAAAGUUGUAAAAAUGGUUAAAUGUUGCUGUAAAAUCGUACAAUAAUAAUUUAUUUGUAGAGUAUAUAAACAAUCCUUGUAAAUAUUCGUUUCCAAGUAGCGCAUUAACGGGUCGACAAUCCCGAAUAAAUCAGAGUAUAAAUUCAUUAGAUGCCCGUUUAAUGCCAAGCAGAAAACUCGCCACGUACAAAAUUGUGUAAAUAAUCACAAAACCCGCAACGAAUUAGGUGUCUGAUAAAAAUAUAAAACAAAAACCAAAUGCUGGCAUUAACAUGUUUUCCGUGAGAGGGGCGUGCAAUAAUCAGUAGAAGAAGGAGGAAGAAUAGAACCAUCCAUCAACACAACACAACUACACAAUAACAGUAAACAGUAAACACACGCACAUAAUGGACGAGAAGCUGAAAUAUUCGCUGCUGCGCGGCGAACUUGUGGACACACAAAACAUAUGGACGAGGCACGAGAAGCGUGUUUGGUUCAUCACCCUCUUGACGGGCACCUGUAUGUUGUACUCCACCAGGACAACUAUGCCGCUGCUUGUCCCCGCCGUAGCUGCCGCACAAAAAUGGAGCAAAACAGACUCCGGUACCGUGCUAAGCUCUUUCUUCUGGGGUUAUACGUUGACUCAGGUGCUGGGCGGCUAUUUUAGCGAUCGUUUUGGCGGACAGCGUGUAAUAUUGUUGGCUGCUUUAGGUUGGUCCGUCAUUACCUUUCUUAUGCCCACCAUCAUCUGGUCGGCGGCGUCCGUUAAGAGCUAUGCGAUACCUUUAAUUGUCACCAUACGCAUCUUGAAUGGCGCCUUGCAGGGCGUUCAUUUUCCUAGUAUGAUCAGUCUGACCAGCCAGAAUCUCUGCCAGAAUGAGCGUAGCAGCUUUUUCGGACUACUCACCUCGGGUUCCGCGAUGGGCACGCUUCUCACUGGCAUUAUGGGCUCCUUUGUGCUCGAUUAUUUCGGCUGGUCGUAUGUCUUUCGAGUGAUUGGGUUAAUGGGCUUUGCCUGGGCGCUGGUCCUGCGCUACUAUGCCAUGGCUGGCGAACGCAAUCGGAUCAUCAACAUUGCGACGCCGGCGCGUUUGUGUGCCAACAAAACGCCAGCGGAGACCACGGUGCCCUGGUUGCGCUACUUCAGCCGUUUAUCCUUUUGGGCCUGUGUGCUGACGCAUGCCUGCGAGAUGAACUGCUUCUUUGUGCUGCUCUCGUGGUUGCCCACCUACUUCCACGAUGGCUUUCCACAUGCCAAGGGCUGGGUAGUCAACAUGAUACCUUGGCUGGCGUUACCGCCCUGCACCUUCUUUGCCAAAUACCUAACUACGCGGUUGAUAGCCAGGGAAUGGUCCACGACGACGGUGCGCAAGUUGAUACAAAGCUGCUGCUUUGCUGCACAGAAUGCAGCAUUGUUUGUGAUGAGUCGCACAACAGAUUUCCAUACAGCACUCAUCUGUAUGACCAUCAUCAUUGGCGGCACCGGGUUCCACAAUAAUGCAGUUACCGUGAAUCCGCAGGAUUUGGCUCCACUGCAUUCGGGCAGCGUUUUUGGACUGAUGAACACAGUGGGCGCCAUACCAGGAUUCUUGGGAGUCUAUCUUGCGGGACACAUUCUCGAAUUGACGCAGAGUUGGCCGAUGGUAUUUAGUGCAGCGGCUGGCAUUAAUCUGAUUGGUUGGAUCAUAUUCCUAGUCUUUGGCUCGGCUGAGGCGAUUGUAUAAGAAGCAACUGAACAUUCUCUGGACAAAUUCUCCAUCUCCAAAAAGAAGGCAGAAUCAAUAGUAUUUAUUGCAAAUGUGUAAAUAGUUUAAGAUAGAACAAAAGCAAAUUGCUGCUAGCGUGAUAAGUUCAAAUAACCCAUAAAUUGAACAUAUAUACACUAUAUAUGACGCAUGCCACGAAACUAAAGAUAAUGAUAAAAACAAAACCCAUUAAAGCUCGUUGUCAAUCAGCGCAAGUCGGAAAUUGUAUUUUUUAAAUGUCAGACAAUGUUAGUGAUAAACAAAAUGAGA